ACGUUUCCUUAACAACGUCAGCGCCUUGUGGGCUUUGCUCACCGAAACUGACAGUCUUUCGUCCCCAGCGGAAUUAAAAAAACCCACCUGAGACUAAAAGACGUCCCAAACAUGGCGGAGAGACUUGUAUAAUCUUGAUACUGACUUGGUUUUGGACUAGCGUCUAAAAGAUUAGAGAAGAGAAGAACCGUUUCACUUCACCGCUCCAGUUCUUUGUGUAUUAGCCACUUCCGGAAAGCCCUCUCAGAGGCUGCUGGGAGUCUACCAUCACCGCUGUCAGCAUCUGAGCACAAAUGUGAAAUGAGGAGACACAGAGAGAGCACGUCUCUUCCUUCUCUGCGCUGAAAAUAUCUCGUCUUGACAGCGUUUACGUCUAAUGAAGAUUGGAUAGAGAGUGAAGAAGGCCAAGCAAAGGCAAACACAGUCAUCUCCAGCACACAGCAAGUCUGCGACCAUGACGGAGCAGAAGGGACUGGCACCAGCGGCUGGCCUGACAUGGGCGCGGAUGUGUAAGGAGUGUGGUCAGGGGCACGAAGGCCAGGACAGCCAUUUGUACGAUUACCAAGAAGAGGUGGACGAUGAGCUGGUGUGCCACAUUUGCCUGCAGCCCCUACUGCAGCCCAUGGACACACCGUGUGGCCACACGUACUGCUUGCAAUGCCUCAGCAGCUUCCUGCGAGACCAGGACUUCUGUCCUGUGGACCGGCAGCGGCUUCAGCUGCAGCAGUGUCGCCCCUCCAGCUUGCUGGUCCGCAACCUCCUAGACAAACUGACCGUAUUGUGCCCUUUCUACAGCGAGUGCCAGCAGAGCAUGCAGCGCUGCGAGUUGCAGCCUCACCUGCACAACAGAUGCCCUGCAUUCAGGCGGCUCCGGGAGGAGGCCGAGAGGAGGAAGAGGCCCUGCUGGAAUGAGCUGAAAGGAAAUAAGACAGAGGGAGAGUCUGACACCAAAUCUAAUCCAGCCCUCACACGCACAGUUAAUCCCUGUGGACCUCCAGAGCCCGGCCUAGUCAACCCCGCCUUCGAAGAGGGAGAGGAUGAAGUCCCCCUCAGGUCCAGCCUUGUGGCCGAGGCAAAUGUUGUGGAGCUGUUUCGGGAUGAGCCAGAGGAAGAUUUGGGUUUGCGCAUAGUGGGAGGGAAGGACACACCCUUGGGUAACAUUGUCAUACAGGAGCUUGUGCGUGACUCUGUUGCUGCUCGUGAUGCCAAGCUGGCCCCAGGAGACCACAUUCUAGAGGCAAAUGAUGUCAGCUUGACCUCUGUUCUUCAUGGUCACGCCAUCGCAGUGCUGCGGCGGCCUUGUAGUGUCCUUAGGCUUACAGUCAUGCAAGAGAAGGGCUUCAAACCACGGCCUGAACACCACACACACUCUUCUGCCUCUCCUCCAGGACACCCGGCUCAUAACCUCCACAUCUCAGGCACAGUCAUCCAGGUGACCCUGGUGAAACGCGAUCGCUCAGAGCCCCUCGGGAUCAAACUCAUUCGCAAAUCUGAAGAGCCAGGGGUCUUUAUCUUGGACCUGCUAGCAGGAGGGCUGGCCUCCAAGGAUGGUAAACUGCGCAACAAUGACAAAGUGCUGGCCAUCAACGGACAUGACUUGAGACAUGGCACGCCAGAGAGUGCCGCUCAGAUCAUACAGGCAAGUGAAGUACGUGUGAACUUUGUAGUGAUGAGGCAGCUGGACACUGAGGAGGGAGGCGAUAUGCAGAGCAGAGGAGCCAGAAGAGUUCCUGACACUCAGUACUUCAGACGGCAUUCCACAUUCAUGAAGGAUCCUCCUGGUGGAUUCUCCAGCCAAGAGAAAACUGUGAGUCUAAAGAAGGAACCGCGCCAAUCACUUGGCAUCACAAUUGCAGGGGGGAGGGACUGCCGCAGCCGCUUGCCAGUGUACAUCACCAGCGUACAACCUGUGGGCUGCCUGCACAGAGAUGGCACCAUCAAACCAGGUGAUGUGUUGUUAAGUAUCAAUGGCGUUGACCUGACCCAUCUGACCUAUAACGAGGCAGUGUCUUCACUGAAGACCCAGGCAGCUCAUAGUGCCGUGACGCUACGCGUUAUCCGGACUAUCACAGAGGAGGAAGAGGAGGAUGGAGAUGCUGCCAAUAAAGAGGAAAUGGACACACUAGAGAACCCCAGAGAGGACGACAUUAACUGGUCCCCUCUGUGGACCCGCUGGUUGGGUCUGCCCAGCCACAUGCACUGGUGUCGUGACAUUGUGCUGUUGAAGACCAACAAUGAGAGCUGGGGCUUUAGUAUAGUUGGCGGAUAUGAAGAGAGCCGUGGCCAGCAGCCUUUCUUCAUCAAAACCAUAGUGCCUGGAACUCCUGCCCACUUUGAUGGACGUCUCAAGUGCGGUGAUGAAAUUGUGGCUGUGAAUGGAGCCACAACAGUGGGCAUGAACAACUCUUCACUGAUUCCCAUGCUGAAGCUGCAGAAGAAUAAAGUCACACUCACUGUGGUAUCCUGGCCUGGCAGCCUGGUAUAAGGACUGAUCAACACAGCUGACUUCUGACUCUGUUCACUCAAAAAUCAACACUGAUAAAGACUGUGGUCUCCUUCUAUAUUAGUUUUAGCAUGUGUUCUAAUAUUUUUAAAGAUAAUGAUACACAAUACAAACAUUUGAUAAUGCAGUGGUCACCACUCCUGUAGAUCUACCUUCUCAGGGUUGGUGACCUCCCUGAUAAUGGAUCACAUGUCUUUCCCAAAGAAUGAAUUGCGUGGGCAAAAGGCACAGGGAGCAAAUCAGGAAAGUAUGACAAUCACUGAACACAAUCUUAAAGCGAUUUUUUUUUUUUUUUUUUUUUUUUUUUUCUUUUUCAAUUUUCUCCAUUGUCUGAAGGACGAUGUUCUACUUAACUUCCUUGGAGGUGGAUUUCUUUGAGUAUGUUGUAUCUAAGCACAUGAACACUGGCAUGUUCGGUUUUUCACUUAAGAUUACCACUAAACAUUGGUCAUUCACCAUGAAUAUUUUUUCCUGUAGAGAAAACAGCAAUAUUUCCACCUCUGUGUGUUUUUUAUGUAUAUGUAGUAAUGGAGGACAAGUACUGCUACUAUAUUUUCUUCUGAUUGGAUGAGUUGUGAUUCCAAGACUGAUCUAUAUGACACAGUUUUGAUAAGCUUGGCAAACCACUUUAAACAGGUGAACUGUGAGUUUUUAGGUGUAGAUGACAAUGACACUACAUGGGAUGGGACCAUACCACAGUCAUAUGUAGUCUCUGAUUACACAUGUUGUAGUUGGCCUCUCUGAUUACACAUUAUUUUAUCAUUUAGGAAUUUAUGUGCAUACCUCCUGCCUUCAUAUCUGUUGGGUGUUGGCAUUGACUGUUUUAGAACUGUUAAGUUCAUGCCUUCAGUUCUGUUUGAGACAUGAAGUCUGUCAAUUUAUCUGGUGCCUUGCAUAUGUAUACAAACAAAUCAUUACACCACUGCCUUAACUGUCACAAUACCAAAAAAUGACAUUCUAUUUCUUCUCCUUCUCAUGCCAUUUACCUCUAUUUUAUUUUUAUUUUUAAAGGUAUCUUCCUGUUUGAGUGGAAUGUCUUUGCAAUAUUAUAAAUGCAGCAAUGGAAAACUAUAGUAAAGCAUUCAGACAUAUUUUAUGUUAAUAUUAUAGGCAGGUAGUAUUUCAGGCUCUUUUAUAUGCUCAACCUUACCUGCUCUUCAAGGUAGGAGUGCAUCCCUCUCUUGCCUGACUUUUUUAAUUCUUGUAGAUAUUCUGAAUUUAUUUAUAUACUAUAUGAAUAUACUUGUAGACACUCAUGUUGGGCCUUAAAUGCUUGCCAGUGGUAAGAGGCUUUUUCUUGUGAGAUCUGUUUGAUUGAAAUGCUAUGUAAUUAAACAAAAAUCAAACUCA